AUUAUUAUUAUUAGUUCAUAAAUACCCCCUCCUCUCAAACACUAAAGCGAGAAGAGUGUGUAAGAGAAAGAGCAAAGAAGAAGAUGAAGCUUCUGGGUCUGAUUACAUUUUUAGCGAUCUUGAUCCAACAAAGCUGUUUGGAGCUAGGAGCGGAUGCCUUAUCGAGUGAUGGGUUCGUGAGGGCUAAAGGUGUUCAGUUUACUCUCAAUGGCUAUCCUUACUACGCUAAUGGCUUCAAUGCCUACUGGCUCAUGUACGUUUCCUCCGAUCCAUCCCAAAGGUCUAAGCUCCCCGCCGCUUUCCAAGAUGCCUCCCGCCAUGGCUUGACCGUUGCUCGAACCUGGGCUUUCAGCGAUGGCGGUUACAGGGCUCUUCAGUCUUCCCCUGGCUCCUACAACGAGGAUAUGUUUCAGGGUUUGGAUUUUGCGAUAGCUGAGGCAAGAAGGCAUGGAAUAAAGUUAAUACUCAGCUUUGCCAAUAACUAUGACAUCUUCGGAGGGAAGAAGCAAUAUGUGGAUUGGGCUCGAAGCCGAGGCCGUCCCGUUUCUUCUGAAGACGACUUCUUCACUGACUCUCUUGUUAAAGAUUUCUACAAGAACCAUAUCAAGGCUGUGCUGAACAGAUUCAAUACCUUUACCAAAGUUCAUUACAAAGAUGACCCAACCAUUAUGGCUUGGGAGCUCAUGAAUGAGCCCCGUUGCCCAUCAGAUCCUACAGGAAGAACCAUUCAGGCUUGGAUUACUGAAAUGGCUGCUCAUGUGAAAUCACUAGACAGUAACCAUCUGCUUGAAGCUGGCCUAGAAGGUUUCUAUGGUCAGUCGUCACCUCAACGCAAGACUCUGAACCCACCCGGCCAAUUUGGAACUGAUUUCAUCGCCAAUAACCGCAUCCCGGGAAUUGAUUUCGUUACGGUUCACUCCUACCCUGACGAAUGGUUCACAGACUCAAGCGAGCAAUCCCAAAUGGAUUUCUUGAACAAAUGGCUCGACGCGCACAUCGAAGACGCACAGACCGUUGUACGCAAACCCAUAAUAUUAGCAGAGUUUGGUAAAUCAAUGAAGAAAUCAGGCUAUACCCCUGCACAGAGGGACUUUGUCUUUAACACCGUGUACAACAAGAUUUACGGGUCUGCAAAACGAGGCGGUGCAGCAGCAGGUGGAUUGUUCUGGCAACUCUUGGGAAAUGGAAUGGAUAAUUUUCAAGAUGGCUAUGGGAUCAUACUUAGCCAAAGCUCGUCCACGGUUAACGUCAUUUCUCAGCAAUCCCGGAAGUUGACAUUGAUUCGAAAAAUCUUUGCAAGGAUGAUCAACGUGAGGAAAUGGAAGAGGGCGAGAGGCCAGGGACAAGUGAGAAAACGAGGUCACAACAACAUCAACAGCUGAAACUUUAACUAAUUUCUACUUUUUUAAUUACUUAGCUCUCUUAUAGCGAAUCGAACGAUCUCAGCUCGUCGAGGAAAGUAAUAGUGAUAGAUGUCAUAAUAUAUAUAGGUUCUCGCCGGAAUGAACUUCAUUUUCAUUAAAGAAAAUUAUUAGUGUGGCAGUUUUUUUUAUAGCAGAAAAGUUUUUUUA